GGAGCUUGGGUGCGCCGGGUCCCAGCUUCUCCUCCCGGGAGAGGAGCAGCCGGCGCCAACCGGCUGGAGGGGAAAGGCGAAGAUCUGCGGGCUGCUUGGGCCAGCCAGCCCCAACCUCGGCGCCUUCAGACCGCGGCGAGCCACUCAGCCCGGAGCCGGGCCCCGGGGUAGCCCCGGAGACCCCCGUGGCCGGAUGCAGGGGCGCGUCACUUCCGGGCGGUGCAGCGGCGGCGGCUUGGAAGAUGGCUGCGCCCUGUGGCUCGGAGCUGCCCGCCAACUCGCCGCUCAAAAUUCCGAAGAUGGAGGUGCUUUCCCCGGCGUCUCCCGGCGACCUGAGCGACGGGAACCCAUCGCUGUCCGACCCUUCCACGCCUCGGGGAGCCUCCCCUCUCGGGCCCGGCAGCGCGGCGGGCUCGGGGGCCGCGGCGUCCGGGGGUCUCGGGCUGGGGCUGGGGGGCCGCGGCGCUGCCUCGUCCUCGGUCUCCUUCUCGCCCGGCGGCGGCAGUGGCGGGGCUGCGGCGGCCGCUGCCGCCGCCUGCCGGGGUAUGUCGUGGACGCCGGCAGAGACGAACGCGCUCAUCGCUGUAUGGGGCAACGAGCGGCUGGUGGAGGCGCGGUACCAGCAGCUGGAGGGAGCCGGGACGGUAUUCGGCAGCAAGGCCCCCGGGCCGGCCAUGUACGAGCGCGUGUCCCGGGCCCUGGCCGAGCUGGGCUACGAGCGGACCCCGUCCCAGUGCCGGGAGCGCAUCAAGCUGGUUCGAUGCCCAGACCUGAAUGCUGUGCUCCAGCUGUGGCCUCACCGGUGCUGAAUAGAGAGGAAGAGCCACCUUCAUAGCUUACAUGUGAUUCCUCUGCUUAUACAACCCAAUACUGGAUUUACUUACUUUGGCAAGAUAGCUGCAUUGUGCACUGUAUUUAAUGUUCCGUGUACUGUAACCCCGGGUCUUCCUCUGCAUUGCUGCCGUCACACCCUCAAUCCUACCAAUCUAAGCCUCCUGCCUUUGUUUACCUGCCCUCCUCCCUUAGACUCCUCAUGCAUUCAUGCACAAUGAAUGUCAUCUUUUUAUUCUCUGAUUCCCUUUUACUUUAAUCUCAAACUCUGGCAAGACUUUUACUCUGUCCUAUAAAUUUUCAGCGGUCAGCCAACCUCCCUCCCCCUGCUUUGGUAAUGGAACGUCCCUCAAGCCUUUCUCUGUUCUUUUCUGUUUGUAGCCCUGAAACCUAAGCAUUUGAUAUGGUGACUUGAGUAAGCAUUCACCUGGCAUUUCUGAAUCGCAAUGACUGGUUUGGCCCCUUGAAGUUGUUACCUUGCUUAGUUCUGUCUAGAUUUCCUUGACUCUUUAUGACCUCUGUCUUGGUGGAUAGUAUAGUCUUACAGCCUCUCCUCCAGGGAGAUGAAAACGUAUCAUCAACAUCAAUGUACCAGAGAGAUUUCUCACAGUAAGGAAGUCAACUAUUAUCUUUUACUAGAGUAGCCUUUAGUAGGCUUAGAGUUCUCCAGUUGAAGGUGAACUUGCUGUACAUUUCUGAGAUGAGUGAGGUGAAUGAAGCAGUGAAGCAAGGUCCCUAAGUGUCAAUAAACUGUGCUUCACCAAGCAAGCCAGCGGUGGAUCUUGGUGGAUUUGGUAGCUGACUCAAAUGGAAGCUGCAGCCUCAUCGUUCCUGGACUCUGGAGCAUCACGAUCUCUGAUUUAGAGAAGUUUUUAGUUGGUUUGUUUAGGAUUGUUGAUACAGCCGCCCAGUCUUGUGAUGAUAUGCUUUGAUUAAGCAUUUAGAGGCUAGUGUAUUGUAUAAUCUUUUCUGUGGGUGGUAAGAAUUGGAAGGUCUCCAAAUGUCCUUUUUUAUCUAUGUGUAAGCUCUCAAGUGAAUCCUAGUGCGUCCAAGGGUAGCAGUUAAGCCGAUAUUUGAGUCUUCUCUUCCCCCCACCUCCCAUCUUAGUGAAUAUGCCCUGUUUAAACAGACUGCCCUUGAAUUUGUGGUAUUUAUUAGACCUACAAAGUACUGCUUACAUGUAUUUAUAUCUGGAAGGAGAGAAAGUUGGUUUGGAAAUCUUUUUAAUGCAAUUUCAGUAUAUCAAGUUAGGCAUUACCAAACACCUGGCAGAUGUCAACACAAUGUGCUAAUUUUGAACGUGUGUUACAGGUGUGUACUACAAGUAAAAGGUGUUUAUAAGCUGUCAGAGAUGGCUGGUUUCAGUAUUCACAGUUACGUAACAAAGAAAAUUGUAAGCUCAAUUUGGUGGCUUCGAAAAAAAUGUCUUUUCACUGGUUUCUCCCCAUGUAUAUUUUAAAAAUUUGUUGAAUCUAUUUUUGAUGAGAAUACAUGUUUGCAAUAUGGGAAGAAAAUGGUAGAGUUGCUGUGCCUUUGUCACUGCCUUAUAAGUAUGGCAUCCUCCUUGGAAGGGAAUGUCAGUUUGGUUCCUUGGCUUCUGGAGUAACCCUCAGUGACCGUACUGAGUGGACUUUGCUGUUGUAGGGAGCCAAUAAGUGGUGAGAAGGGUAACGGUUUCCAUCUCCAUUUAUGGUCUGAGGAGGGAAAUGGACAGGGUUGGGACUCUAUUUACAGUCUUUGGAGGAGUCAAGAGUGGUUGGGGUGUUCUUGGAGGCAGAAACUAGACAUUGUAAGAUAAAAAUAAAUUGUCAGAGGCUGCUUGCGAACUCCGACCUCUGCGAGGGUGAAGGGUGCUGGGAAAGGGGCGUGAGUGCCGAGUCAGAUGGCGCUUCCAGGGCUCGUCUCUUUCCAUCGGGAGAUUUGACCAUGAAACGUUCUCCAAGUUUUUGUUUCUGGAUUGUUUAAGAAAGUUUUGUCCUAUGGGGUCAAAAUUUUCUGUUACAAAAAGAAAGCCGAGAUGAUUUUUAAAGAGUUUGUGCAAAGCCUCAGUUUUCUGUAAGGAUCGUUUGAGGUGGUGGGAGAGAUUCUAUGAAAGGGAGAGUGGGUAGAUGCUUAUUUGGGGGGUCCAAGCUGCAGGUGACUGUGUCUGAGGUAGAUCUCAUGGCUCAUGCUUUUAUUAAUAUUUUUGCCUAUUUGGAUUUCUGGCCUCAGGGAGCAGACUUUUAAAGAGUCUUUGAGGAAGUGUGUUUGUAGAUUGUUAGCUUUGAUUUAAAGAUCCUACACAUGGAGAUCCAUAAAGUUCCAGACUUGUUUUAGUUUAGUGAGAAUAGGUCAUAUAUUGGCUGAUGGAAGUUAAUCUCUCCUUUAGGAGAGUCUUAUAGUCUUGGUAAUACUUAGGUUAGGUUAGAGAUAAACUAGUUUUAGCAGCUAAGUUAGAAAAUACUUAGGAGCCACUAGGGAAAGGGGGUUUUGUCUCAAGCAAAUUCUGAGUGAGACCCUGUGACAGAAAAGAAGGAGACAGAGGAAGGAGAGAGCAAGGCAGUCAGAGACAAUGCACACAGAACCUGGAUGUGGCUGGAUGUUUCAGUUGAGGCAAAGUCGUUGGUGUACUUCUAAUGAAUCUGGGAAGAUAGUAUGAGUGUACUAUUAAUUUCAGGAACUGAGCCAGACUGAAGUAUAUAGUAGAAAGAGUUGAACAAGGCAGAAGGUUAUUCAGGUUUUGUUUAAUAAGAGUUUGCAUAAAGCAUUUACUUGCUGUGCCAAGUGACAGAGAAAGACAUGAGAUGACCUUCCUCACCCUCCCUGAGAAGGACUGUCAGCCUUGUUUGUUGGUUUGUUUAGCUGGCAGUGUGAGUUGGUAGGUUAAUAAAAUGUAGGUAUUAGUGUACUAUUUCUUGGUCAUGUGUCUUAAGACUAGGGACUUAUGAUAGACACUAUUUUAUUGAUUUGAUUGCUCCUUCAGUUUUAGACAUUUUUAUCAUGACAGAGUGAGUUAGGACGGAACAGACUGUAAGUGAUCUGUUUUGUUAGCUACUUUGUCUAGACAGCUGUUUUUCCCCUGUUCUUAACUAAGAGUAAGGAAGAUGUUUUCCACUUGGGGAAAUUCUUCUUUCUGUCCUCUUUCCCUCACGUUUUCCAAAUUCUGGGCACCAUAGCAGCUCUCUCUCCUGUGGCAGGUGUGCAUCCUAUUGGCUGGCUGGUAUUUCUUUUUUUUCCUCCCCCUUAUCCUUUUUAAAUGGGGGAGGGGGCAUAAAAUAUGUGUAUCGGAUA